AUGCAUAGUGCACCAUCCUACUGCAACCAUCUCAUCAUCGUCUGCUGUCAUGCCAUAUACCUUGGUGGACCAACACACGGUAUCUCUGAGGAUGAAUGGCUCAUAGAACCUUUUCAAAAGGGAGAAACCCCUACAUUUACAGCUCACGUAAAAGCUGGUCUAGAAACUUUGGCAAAUGAUCCGGCUGCGUUGCUUGUUUUUUCGGGAGGCGCAACAAAGAAAAACCAUACGAGCUUAACAGAAGGAGAAUCUUACCUGACCCUCGCCCAAGAAAACAACUACUUCUCCUACAACAUCCCGCCCGCCCAAAUCAUACCCGAAACACACGCUACCGAUUCCUACCAGAACGUGCUGUUCUCUCUACUCCGGUUUAAACUCUAUACGGGCGUUUACCCGUCACGGGUGACGGUCGUGACGCACGAAUUCAAGCGGAGACGGUUUAUGGAGUAUCACUUCCCCGCGAUUGGGUUGGUUUCGGUUGUGCCGGGGUCUGGAGAUGAGGGUAAAGUCGCUGUUGUUGGGAUUAAUCCGCCCGAAGAGGUGACGCCUGAAGCUUCUUUGGUUGAAGGGGAGGAGAAGAGGGGGAUUGGCUUGUGGAUGAGAGAUCGGUAUGGGGUUUUGGGAGAGUUGAAGGAGAAGAGAGUUAAGAGGGGGUGGUUGGAAGGUAUGGAGGAGGGCCUUUUUGUUAAUGUGGGAUUAGAAGAUGUGGUUGAGGAGCUGGUGCGGUGGAAUGGGGGUAUGAGCGGGAAUGAGUGGUUUUCGAGGAUGGGAGAGUUGCCUUGGUAUUAG